GACAGGCAGCUGGUUGCAGACCCGGAGUGUACAUUGUGCCCUGUUACAGCGGAACGCGACACAGAAAAACUCAGCCAGGAUUCAGUGUGAGUUCUAAGAAGAUGAUGAUGUUCAAGAUGAAACAGUCCUCUCAGUGCUCCAUGAGGUGGUGACUGAGUUAAUUUCAUGCUGUUAUAAGUGAAUUAUUAUUGCUGGGAGGGCAAUGGGUGGCAAGCACUCUCGCAGUUUAUCCAACAAGGAGCUAAAUGAGGUGAGUACAGGUCAAAGGAAGAAGAGCAUGAUCAGAGACGACCAGCCCGGCCUGUCUUCAGCUGCUGAGAGGAUCCGCAAACAUGCUACAGUGCAUUUUGGUUACAGCACCCUGAGUCUAGCCAUGCAGGGUCUCGAUGAAACACCCACUGAACUGUGGGAACUUCGCGAGCUUCAGAAGCUUAACUUGUCCAUGAACUGUCUCUGCACCGUUCCUCCUGCUCUGGGAGCUCUGAACAAUCUGGUAGUUCUCAACUUGUGGGGGAACAACUUGUCCUGCCUCCCACCUGAGAUCGGCCUCCUGAAGAAGCUGCGGGUGCUCUUCGCUUGCCGUAACCGUCUGAGCGAGGUCCCUGAGGAGCUGGGCUCCUGCUCGUGCCUGGAGGUGCUAAGCCUGGCCAACAACCAAAUCACAGGUCUCCCUGGCAGCUUGGCGACUAUGCGCAGUCUGACCAAACUCAACCUCAGCCACAACUGCAUUGUUCACAUCCCCACCUGUGUCUACAGCAUGAAGGGCCUGGUCUUCCUUCACCUGGCCUGCAACCGUCUGGAGACCAUUGCAGAUCAGAUCCAGGACCUAGUUAACCUGAAGAUACUUAUUGUGGAGGGAAACUCUAUACAUACGCUGCCUAAGACUCUGUGCUUCUUAGAAUCAUUAGAACUCCUCAAUGUUGACUUCAAUGACUUGCAAAGUGUGCCAGUGGAAAUGUACCUGCUUAGCAGGCUCAGGCGGUUGGCGUGCCACCCACUGGAUAAAGGACUUCAUAUUAUUCAUAACCCCCUCCUCAAGCCUAUCCAAGAGGUAUUGCAAGGAGGACUCAGUGCCCUUUAUAAUUACCUCAAGCCCACAUGA